GGCAGGAAGGAAGGAAUGAAGGCAGAAAGAAAGAAAUCGAGAGAAAGAAAGAGGCGGCAUCGUCGUCGUCAUAUCGGCAGGAUCGCUUCUUCAUGCCUGGCCAAUGGCACGCCGUCACCCUUCAAGUGGCCUACAGACAGCGGGCGGGAGAGAGAGGGAGGUGCGAUCAAGCACUACGGCGAGUCCCCCCCCCCCCAUUCUCAUUGCAGGAGCAGUAGCUGCAUUCUGGUGCCCCGGAUCACACCUCCUCGUCGCCGUCAGAAUCCGGUAAGCUUGUCAAUUUCCAGCGAGGAGGCCAAGGAGGAAGAGCUCGACGAGGGCUGGCCAUCAGGUGCAGCAGCGAUGGCGCUGUUAGGCAGUCGCUCGGGCUUGGUGGGCCUCAGGGUGAGCUCGCGAGUGGGCGGGGAGAGCAGUAGAAUAGUGCCCGCGACGAGAGAUCGCUUCUGCGUGCACUUGAGGCCGAGCACUCGGGCGCAUCGUCGUCUGGAUAGGACUGUAGGGAAUGAGAGUCUUUGCACUCCCCGGGAGAGGGACUUGGCUGCGGAGCCUAAAUUCUUGCACACGGGAUGGGAGUCUUCUUCUUCUUCUUCUUCUUCUUCUUGCGAGACUGGGAUACCCGUCACGGCAUUUGGAGGUAAUGGAGACGAAUAUGAGAGUUCCAAUGAGGCGAAAAUUAAAGUGAUAGGCGUGGGGGGCGGGGGUUCCAACGCCGUCAACCGAAUGCUUGAGAGCGAAAUGCAAGGUGUGGAAUUCUGGAUUGUGAAUACGGAUGCUCAGGCAAUGGCGUUGUCUCCGGUUCCGGCUCAGAAUCGUCUGCAGAUUGGUCAGAAAUUGACGCGAGGUCUGGGGGCGGGUGGUAAUCCGGAAAUAGGGUGUAGUGCCGCGGAAGAGAGCAAAGCUAUGGUGGAAGAAGCCUUACGCGGAGCUGACAUGGUUUUCGUUACAGCGGGCAUGGGUGGUGGCACUGGCAGCGGUGCUGCACCAAUCAUUGCUGGUGUAGCGAAGCAAUUGGGAAUUCUUACCGUGGGAAUAGUAACUACGCCUUUUGCCUUUGAAGGGCGGAGACGAUCCGUUCAAGCUCACGAAGGCAUCGCGGCUCUCAAAAAUAAUGUUGACACUUUAAUUACGAUACCAAACAACAAGCUUUUGACUGCAGUUGCGCAGUCUACCCCCGUGACGGAAGCAUUCAAUCUUGCCGAUGACAUCCUUCGGCAGGGAGUGCGGGGUAUUUCAGAUAUUAUCACUGUUCCUGGUCUCGUUAACGUGGACUUUGCGGAUGUGCGGGCGAUCAUGGCCAAUGCAGGAUCAUCUUUGAUGGGAAUUGGAACCGCUACAGGGAAGUCAAAAGCUAGAGAGGCAGCAUUGAGUGCCAUUCAGUCUCCAUUGUUGGAUGUGGGUAUUGAGCGAGCCACAGGGAUCGUUUGGAAUAUUACUGGGGGAAGCGACAUGACCCUCUUUGAAGUCAAUGCUGCAGCAGAGGUAAUCUAUGAUUUGGUGGAUCCUAACGCAAAUCUUAUUUUCGGAGCCGUAGUAGACGAAGCACUUCAUGACCAAAUUAGCAUAACCUUAAUAGCAACAGGGUUUAGUUCUCAAGAUGAUCCUGAUGCACGGAGUAUGCAGUAUGCAAGUCGCGUAUUGGAGGGUCAAGCUGGUCGAUCAUCGAUGGCCUCAUCCCGAGGUGGCAAUAGCUCUACGAUUAACAUACCAAAUUUCUUACGAAAGCGAGGGCAAAGGUAGUACAAAUGGGAUUGCUCAUCAUUAUUAAGCCGUGAGAAGCUGGACCUGAACUCAGCAUUACUACCGCAGCUGAACUAAAACAUUAACUACGGGAUAAAGUGUUCUUGGCAAAGGUUAGGGAAGAGGGAAAGGACCGUCAAUCAAAGAAUCAGGAAAGACAUUUGACCAGGUCUGAUAUAAUGUCUGCUAGUACCGGUUUGAACCUACUUCUGACCUUUCAUUAAAUGUGAAAUAUUGCGAGUGGUAUUAGUUUUGAUUUCAUCAGAUAAUGAGUUUUCUCAGGGUGGAGUGGCAGACUUAGUGAUUACCAUGUUUUUGAACAGAUUUAAAGAGAGUUCUUUUUUUUCUCCAAAAAUCAAUCAUUUUGGGACAUCAGUAAAUCGGCCUUGUAAAGUACGUUUUUUCAAAAUAUUAAUGUUUAUUUGUACAUGAUUAACAUGUGCUAGGUCA